AUGCCAAUCCCAAGAAUUGCCAUCGCUGGUGCCGGACCUGGUGGGUUGACCUUAGCCCGUCUCUUCCAGCGCAACGGCAUCACAUGCACCAUAUUCGAGCUUGACGUCGAUCGCAAUGCUCGUUCGCAAGGUGGUCUCAUCGAUCUUCAUGCCGAUAUGGGCCAACGUGCUCUUCGUGAAGCCGGUCUUAUCGAGGAAUUCCAGAAACACAUUUUGCCAGAAGCAGACUCCAAGAAGUUGAUGAAAGCUGAUGGUACUAUCGCGUGGGAUGAGAAUGAAAAGGAUGAGGAAAAGGACUUUCACCGUCAGGCUAGAGAUUGCCCUGAGAUUGAUCGCGCGAAACUUCGUGAUAUUCUCUUGGAUUCUGUUGAGCCUGACUCGAUUCAAUGGAAUAGCAAGAUUACCCGCGUUGAGUCUAACAAGGACAAUCCCGCCCAAUUCGAUGUUCAUUUCGCGGAAGGCGUUGCAGAAGCAUUCGACCUCGUCGUUGGAGCUGAUGGUGCCUGGUCAAAGGUUCGACCUCUUGUCUCGACACAGGUUCCUGAGUACUCUGGUGUUGUUAUGAUUGAGAUGAUGGCCUUCAAUGUUAGCCAGAAGAAGCAGUGGCUUUCUGAUUAUGUCGGCAAUGGCAGCUUCUUCAUGUUCGAUGAAGGUCGUUGUCUUAUUUGUCAACGAAACGGCUAUGAUGGCAUUCGAGUUUACGCAGGGGUACGUCAACCUGAGUCUUGGAUUGAGGAUUGUGGUAUUGAUUGGGAAGAUCCGAUCAAGGCACGUAAACAGCUCACGGAACAAUACUUCGGAGAUGUGCAUGAGGAUUUGAAGAGGCUCAUGUCCGAAGCGUCCGAUAGUCUUCUUGUUCGAUCAUUGCAUAUGCUUCCGGUUGGGUUCAAAUGGUCAUCUCGUCCUGGCGUUACACUUCUCGGCGAUGCAGCUCAUUUGAUGACUCCGUUCGCUGGAGUUGGAGUCAAUAUUGCUCUGGCCGAUGCUAUGUUGCUUGCGCAUGCUUUAUCGAAGCAGAAAGAUAACUUUGAGGCGGAUUUGGAGGGAAGCUUGAAGCAGGCUAUCCAGGAGUAUGAGGAUCAGAUGUUUAAGGUUGCGAAAAUAAAUAUGGAGAAGACGUAUCAAGGGUUAAUCAAUCAUUUCAGUGCGGGUGGUAUUGAGCAUAGGGUGAAGCAUAUGCAGAAGUUGCAGAAACUGCAGGAGAGUGCAACACGUAUCGAAGCGGCUAGGAAGAAUGGAACUAUGGUUUGA